CCUAAUCCCGAGGCAGGGCAGGAGCGGGAUUCUCUGCCUUCGGUAGAGGGUGCUUAACCAGACCGAUUUCCCUGCGAGCACCGCUCGAGCCGAGCAAGAGGCUGGAGCGCAGACGGGGUUAGCUUCGGCAGCCGAAGUCUGGGUGGUGACGGUGCGGGGCUGUCUGAGGAAGGAGAGGAAAAGGCAGGCGUUAGGACUCAGGGGAAAUCUCUGUCUCUGCCUCUCUUCCCCCUCCCCCUGCCUCAAUCAGUUUGUGCUACUCAUCAGAUCAGGGUAGCAGCUCCAGCUCGGAGAUACAGCCCCAACUCUCUGAUGUACCAAUGCAGGGGCUAUUGGCGGGGCACCCAGACAGACAGCUGCACCUCUACCGCGGGAAGGGCAGGUGGACUCCAAUAGAGAAUGAACAGGAUUGCCACGAUUGUCUUUCUGGUGCAGCUGUUGCAAAAAGCAGAGGGGCAGGUCUUCGCAGGUGGUUGUUCUUUUGAUGAACAUUAUAGUAACUGUGGCUAUAGUGUGGCACUGGGGACCAAUGGAUUUACCUGGGAGCAGCUCAACACGUGGGAAAAGCCAACAAUGGAUCCAGUUCUCCCGACUGGUUCCUUCAUGAUGGUGAAUAGCUCUGGACGGGCGUCUGGGCAGAAAGCUCACUUACUGUUGCCCACCUUGAAGGAAAAUGACACUCACUGCAUUGAUUUUCAUUACUACCUGUCUAGUAGAGACCGCUCCAGUCCUGGCUCAUUGAAUGUCUACGUAAAGGUUAAUGGUGGGCCACAGGGCAAUCCUAUUUGGAAUGUGUCAGGGAUUGUUACGGAAGGUUGGGUGAAGGCAGAGCUUGCCAUCAGUACAUUCUGGCCACACUUCUAUCAGGUGAUAUUUGAAUCCGUGUCUUUGAAGGGACAUCCGGGGUACAUAGCUGUGGAUGAAGUCAGAGUCCUUGCCCAUCCAUGCAGAAAAGCGCCACACUUCCUGCGGCUGCAGAAUGUGGAAGUUAAUGUGGGACAGAAUGCAACGUUCCAGUGUAUUGCUGGAGGGAAGUGGUCUCAGCACGACAAGCUCUGGCUCCAGCAGUGGAAUGGAAGGGACACUGCGUUAAUGGUCACCAGAGUGGUCAAUCACCGACGUUUUUCUGCCACAGUCAGUGUAGCAGACACAUCUCAGCGCAGCAUCAGCAAAUACCGGUGUGUCAUUCGCUCAGAUGGUGGCUCUGGAGUUUCAAACUAUGCAGAAUUAAUUGUGAAAGAGCCUCCAACGCCCAUUGCGCCCCCUGAGCUGCUGGCUGUCGGUGCCACCUAUCUAUGGAUCAAACCCAAUGCCAAUUCUAUCAUCGGAGAUGGGCCUAUAAUACUGAAGGAGGUGGAAUACCGUACAACCACUGGGAACUGGGCAGAAACACACAUCGUAGACUCCCCAAAUUACAAACUGUGGCAUCUGGAUCCUGAUGUGGAGUAUGAGAUCAGAGUGCUCCUCACGCGCCCUGGUGAAGGGGGCACAGGGCCCCCUGGGCCUCCACUGACAACAAGAACAAAAUGUGCAGAUUGAUCUUCUGG